AACUUUUGCCAAAGUAAUUUCUAAAUCAAGGCACAGUGCCUCUGUGAACUGGUUUUUCGGUGGACCUAGAAUAAAGCUAUUGAUCCAACAUAUUACCACCAGUGUUUCCAGCAUACCAGUUCGACGCAAAGUGGUUAUUGAAAGCCGAAACAGAUUGAUAAGAUAUCAACAGCAACCUCGAUACGAUGCUAAGGUGUCUUAUUGACAAAGACACUCCAAGGCGAUUGGAUUUCCUGAGCUAUCAGUAAUUACAGCCUAGAUGCUUUGGUAGAUACAAUGACACGUGACUAACACCUAAAACAAUCAGGAAAAUCAUUAAGAGAGCGCCGCGAAUUUGACACAGAGGGCUGAACUUCUCGAGUGCAGCAGAAAUAUGUAUGGAUUCAUUCACUGUGCACUAGCUGACUUGGUCGUUUCUAAGUUCGGCGAAGACGUUUGGCGAUCUAUCGUCGAGAAGGCUGGGGUAGAAUUGGACGGCGGAUCAUACCUUAUUCACAAAAUUUACGAUGAUGAGGAGACCUUGAGUUUGGUCGCUGCGGCUUGCGAGACUCUAGCUCUGCCUCUGAACGCUGUUUUGGAAGCUUUUGGCUCACAUUUUCUGGACUACUGUCUGCAGACCGGCUAUGAUCGGAUUCUGAAGGUGCUGGGAAGAAAUCUGAGAGAUUUCUUAUGUAACUUGGAUGCACUCCACGACCAUCUCGCUACGAUUUACCCAGGAAUGGAAGCACCGUCGUUUCGCUGUACUGAGACGCCCGAUGGAACAUUGCUCCUCCACUACUACUCACGGAGGCAAGGGCUGGAGCACAUCGUUAUUGGAGUCGUUAAAGCGGUAGCGAAUAAAAUGCUCGACACCGAGGUGGAGGUGUGCGUGCAGCAAGCGCGCUCAGACGAACGUGGGCAUGUGGUGUUUUCAAUCAGAGAGACAGGCUGCACAAAUGCAACGCAAUCCAAGCUUGGGCUACAGGCCUUUGAUUUAGAAACCAUGGCAGAUAAUCAUAGUGCAAUGAUGUCAUUGGAUAGCGAAAACAUGGGCAAGAAACGGCGAGGAGGGCUCAGUUUGUUGUCAUUCUGCAAAGCUUUUCCAUUUCACGUGAUGUUCGAUCGUAAACUCAACAUCACGCAAACUGGGGUUGCCAUGAUGCGCCUUCUGGACAAACGGUUCACGACUGCUAAUUCAUUUUCGUUCAAGGAAAUUUUUGAACUGUCAAGACCGCGUAUGGAAUUUGCGUUUGAUUCUGUUCUUGCGCAUAUAAAUACAGUGUUUAUUGUAACAGUAAAACAGUCCGCGCUGCGAUUUGCGGCGGAUACAGUGUCCAACGUGUCAGGCAGUCCAGAAGAUCGGAGAACGAGCAUUGCAAAUCCAUUAUUACGCCUCAAGGGUCAGAUGAUUUACGUUCCCAAGAACGACAGUAUUCUAUUUCUGUGUUCUCCUCGGGCAAAUGACUUAGACAGUUUUAAGAAUCUGGGUAUUUUUUUCAACGAUAUACCUGUUCACGACGCUACGCGUGACUUGAUUUUUAUGUCACAGGCGAGAAGAGCCGAGCGAGAAUUGGUGGAAAAGUUGGAAGAAACUAGCAACGACCUGAAGAAACUGGAAGUUAAACUGACGGAAAACAAAAAACGCACAGACGAAUUGCUGCAUUCUAUUCUGCCCCAAGAAGUCGCGGCUAAACUGCGGUUGAAUCAACCGGUGCCCGCGGAAAACUACAAGCUGGUCACGAUCCUUUUCAGCGACAUCGUCGGGUUUACAGCGCUAUGUUCCGACGACAAAAUUGUUCCCAUGGACAUCGUGCGGAUGCUGAACAAACUUUACACCUACUUUGACAUGUUGAGUGGGAUGAACGAUGUUUACAAGGUGGAGACAAUUGGUGACGCUUACAUGGUUGUUGGAGGUCUACCAAAGCCAUGUGACAAUCAUGCAGAGAAAGUAGCUCACAUGGCAUGCUCGAUGAUGGAAGCUUCUCGAAAGGUUUUGUCGCCUGUUGACAAAACUCCUCUCAAGAUUCGAAUCGGAAUUCACAGUGGGUCGGUUAUGGCUGGAGUUGUUGGCAAAAUGAUGCCCCGCUAUUGUUUGUUUGGAAGCACUGUCACACUGGCGAACAAGAUGGAAUCGGGAAGCAAACCAGGAUACAUAAACGUCAGCUACGAGACUAAACGCUUUCUCAAAGGUUCCUCUGAAUUCGAGUUCAUUCCUAACACGGAGAUCCCCAACCCACUACCAUGCUUCUUCCUGAUCAGGAGCAAGAACGCAAAACAACAAAUGUCAAUUCUGGAUAUCGCUGCAUCCGUUGCACCGAACAACAUCUGCAUGUUUCGGUCCCCGAGGACUUCUCCGACGCACUCUCCAGCGAUGAAGCGAAGAAGUGAUACAGGACCUGCCGCUUACCGCAGUAGCUCCCCAGACGGCCCGCCCCAGCGAAGAAUCAGCUCGGUUGACUUCGCCUCCUCGGUUAACGAACGGCUGGAAAGUUUGAAAAAGGACCAAGGAAACAAGAACACUAAGAAACGGAGAAUAACGGUAACCUCUCUGUGUCCUGUGCGCAAAGCCAACAGCUUCAACAGAGACGACAGUAUUGACGAAGCUGCGGAUGAUGACGAGGAAAUAGAGGACAGUAAUCUUGACAUUAAAAACAUCAAUGGUGACGCUUCCCUGAUCGGAAUGGAUGAGGAGUCCUUGACGGAAUUGGUAGAGCUAAGCCAAAAAAUUGAGACUACGAACAAUGUUGGAGAAUGUAAAGGAACUGUGACCAUGUACGGCUUUGUAAACCAAGCUUUGCAAGAUUUAGUAUUGCGAGAGAGCAGCUUCGGAACUUGGGAAGAAAUACUGAAGAAAGCAAAUAUCGAUUUAGGAGAAACAGGAGAAUUCAAUCAACGGCGAAUAUAUGAUGAUCAAAAUACGUUUGACCUGCUAAGAGUCGCUUCGGAGGUUCUGGGGCUAUCGCACAAUGUGAUCUUGGAGAAGUUUGGGGAAAUAUUCUUUGAGUACUGCCAAAACUCUGGCUACGAGAAGAUGCUGGAUAGUCUUGGAAGCAACUUAAAGGACUUUUUCAACAGUCUAGAUGCACUGCACGAGCAUCUGCUGUAUAUUUUCCCUGGUAUAAGAGCACCUUCAUUUAAUGCCAAAGAUAGUCCGGAUGGCAGUGGGAUAGAAAUCUAUUACUAUUCUGAAAGGUCAGGCCUUGAGUAUAUGGUUGUUGGUGUUGUGAAAGCCGUGGCAAGAGAGGUCUACAACGCAAAGGUGAAUGUUGAGGUAGCUGUGUCUACAAACCAGGAGAAGACUUGGUCUAAGAUUGUUGUUACUCCUGAGAACUAUGAAGAUAUAAUGCAACUUAAACAACACGACGAGCAGAUUCAAAAGAUUGAACAGAAGUUGGAGCUAGUUACAUUGGGGUCUUGCAUCAGUAGUCAGACUUUCUGCCAAGCAUGUCCCUUUCAUAUUCUCUUUGACAAUGAAAUGGUUAUUUACCAAGCUGGAAUUUCAUUGCUGCGAGUUUUGCCUUCCAUUAAAGUUGGUGAAACUAAAGUGGAAGAAGUGUUUGAAUGUAUUCGUCCUCACAUUUCACUGACAUUUGAUAACAUUUUACAAUUUAUCAAUAAGGUAUAUGUUGUUAAAACAAAAGAAGGACUUUUAGACUCUGCUACCUUGACAACAGUUUCUGAAGAUGAUGUGGGUACCUUGGAUUUUCCUACGAUGAGAUUUCGUGGUCAAAUGAUGUACCUUCCUGAAUGUGACAGCAUCAUGUUCCUUUGUUCUCCAAGUGUUCUCAACCUGGAUGGUCUCAAUGAAAUUGGUUUGUACCUGAGUGAUAUUCCAAUUCACGAUGCCACAAGAGAUCUCAUUCUACUCUCUGAACAGCACAAUGCAGAAUCACGUCUUUCUCAGCGACUAGAGAUACUGACUGACAAGCUUCAGCAGACCUCACGUGAGCUGCAGCAGGAGCAGCAGCUUACUGAUAGACUCCUCUACAGCAUCUUACCGACAUCAGUUGCAAAUGACCUCAGACUGAAGCGACCAGUAAUGGCCAAAAAAUAUGAGAUUGUGACAAUUAUGUUCAGUGGUAUUGUGGAUUUUACAAAUUAUUGUAAUCAGAGCAGUGAACCAAUGGAAAUUGUGGAACUUUUGAAUGAGACCUAUAUCAGGUUUGAUGCUCUGGCAGACAAGAACAAUGAAGUUUUUAAGGUUGAGACAGUUGGAGACAAAUACAUGGCUGUGAGUGGGUUGCCAACAAGGUGCACAAAUCAUACUGCUAACAUUGCAAAUCUUGCUCUUGACAUGAUCGACAUUGUUCAGGAAGUGAAUGCACGUGGUAGAAAGAUGCAGAUCACAAUUGGAAUUCAUUCUGGGGAGGUUGUGGCUGGCGUUGUUGGACAGAAGAAGCCCCGCUACUGUCUAUUUGGAAACACUGUCAACCUGACAAGUCGCACAGAAACUACUGGACUGAGAGGAAAGAUAAAUGUGACAGAAUAUGCCUACAGAUCGCUGCUGUGCCAGCCACAUGAUCGUUUUGUGUUCAAAAAGCGAGGACCUGUUACUAUGAAGGGAAAAGCAGAACCAAUGAUAACAUACAUCUUGCAGAGAAAGGAAAGCAGUGACAUGCUUAGGAGUGUGAUGUGCUCAGGGUUGUAGCUAAGAAAAGAGGCUGGUGGCUGAAAAUUCAAGUAAGGCAGCUCAAUGAUAGUGUUUGAUAUCGAACAAUUGUACAUGCGUUAUGUCAGAAGUGCCUGUUGUGCUUCACCAAGUGACUGCUGGCCAAUUUUUUGCAGGCAGCUGGUGCUUAGCAACAACCCUGAGUAUCAGUGUUGUAAAAUCAUGCCAGUAGAAAGAAAAUUUCCACUUCCUUGCAUUUAUCCAUUAGAUAAUCAAAAGAAAAUCCUAAAGGCAAUGUAGACAACAGUAAGGAAGGUCCUAAAGGCAAUGUAGACAACAGUAAGGAAGGUCCUUAAGGCAAUGUAGACAACAGUAAGGAAGGUCAUUUUGUUUAGCUAUUUAGUUUUAUUUUUGUUUUGUUGUUUGUUUGUUUCUUUUUUUUAAUUGUGAGCACUAAACUUAAAAUUAGGAUAGCAAACAUUUUACAAAAAGAACAUUUCUGAAUGUGGAAGAUAUGAUGAAAAAUAGUUCAGCUGGACUUUGGGCCAGAAGAUCUGGCUCCAAUCCCAGACCAGAUCUGUGUCAUGUUCUUGUAUAUGGUACUUUACUCUUGCAGUAUCCCUUUUUACUCAGAGGUGUAAAUGGUUUCUAUGGAACUGUUAGGGAAAAGUAAUGAAAUGAAAGGGGGGGGUUGUGGGGGGAACUUGCAAUGAACCAGCAUUGCAUCCAAGGUGACGUUACAGAGAUUUGGAUGAACCUCUUAACUUUAAUAUUACCUCUGAUGAAUGUUAGAAGACUUUUUUUUGCCCAAGAUGAGCAACAUGAAACUGAAGAAAGAUUUUGCUUUGUUUUUCCAAGUUAACUUGGUUUUCAGCUUCCAAAUUUUUCUAGUCUUGCCUCUGUUUGCUUACAAAGAAUUAUAUUGCAAAUUUUUAUUGCUAUUUCUCCAUAUGUCAUCAGUACAUUGUCCCUCAAACUAGGUGGGGGAAAUAGACAAUUUGUAUCUGCUUAGUAGCAUCAUCUUGAUAUUAGAAAUAUGAUCCUAACUACUUUACAAUGACAAAAAUAAUAUUAAGUAAUAAAAAGCACAGAUUAGAUUGUGAGAGUUCAAGGUCUGAGCUGUUUUGAUGGUAUUUUAAUAUAUUCCAUAGUUAAUGGUCAGUUGAAAUAUUAAGAUGUUAGGUGACUCAGCCCCUUUAAAGUACAUACUGUAAAUAAUUAUAUGACUGAGUCAAGACUAGAGUUUAUCAAGUAUGGCUUCCAGCCCAUAGAACACCCAGUUUUUGAGAUGAGGAAGUAUACAUUCUCCAUACUUUUCUCUAUACAUUUCCUAAGGUGCUGACAAGGAGAAUUUGUAUAACAAUCAAGAGCUUCUUUAGUUGGUGAUUAUUUCCUUUCUUCUUGUCACCUCAAUGUGUGUUCAGUGGUGAUAUUGCAAGGAGAAAUUAGAUGCUGGUCAGUCUUUGAUAUUUAAGGGUUAACCUUUUGAUAGAAAUGAUAUAGUGUUUUAUUUUUCAACUUAAUGUCAUUCGGUGAAAUUGUUUUCCUUUUUCUUUUGUAUUCAAAGGUAGAGGUAUUCUCAAACUUGAAUUUUUUUUCCAUAGAGAGAGCUCAUAGAUGACCUCAUUGACUGUGUAUUAAUAUGCAGGGUUAAUCAUGAAUUUUAAAAUAACAGGGCAGCUCCUUGUUUUAAAACCUUGCAUUUUGCCAAACUGAAAAAGGAACAUGUUGUAAAGAAGCAAAUUUGCAAAUAGUGCAAUAGCAAGCUUCAGGAGGUUAUUUUAACUCUUUUACUGCCGAGACCUGAUUGGUAAUUCACCCCUCUAGCUGCUCCACAUUUCUAUGUAAAUUGGUUAUGAGAAUUUGGUGUUCAAUCAAGAUAAUAUCUUGAACCUGAUAAGUUUGAGUUAUCUCACUAUCUGUCUGCAGGGUAGUGUAUGGAUUCUUCAGGGAGAAGUUACAUGUUUAUCACUUCUGGGAGUUAAAGGGUUAAGGGGCGCCUAUUCUAGGGUAGUUUUUAUUCAAAGAUUUAGGGUAGUUUGAGAAUUAGUUAUUUUGUCUUUUAUCAUACUUUUAAAAUAGCUCGUUUUAGUGUUGGAUAAAUUGGAAAUUUAGCUCUGAAAUUGGUCAGAGAAGGGAUGUAAGACAUCAUUGGUAUUUUAAUCCUUGCACUCCCAGGAGUGACCAAAAAUUAAUUUCUCCUCACAGUAUCGGUACCUUUUCAUGUAGAAAGGUGACUUGCAGGUACGAAGACUAUCAACCAGGUGACAUGCUUUGAUCCAACACCAAAUCCUCAGUUCUAAAAUUGAAAGAAAUGAAUGGAAAACUGACAGGAGAAUUGAGGUUUUGAUUUUGGGAGUGAAAGAGUGAAGCCAAAACCUGUAUUUAUACGCCUGAGAGCGUAAGGUUAUGUUAAAUAUAAUUAUUUCAUUUGAAGGGAAUGGUAAGACUCUCCAUAUGUACACAUGAUUUCAUACGAAUAUCGAUAGUAAUAAAGGUGAUGAUUUAACGUCAUGUUGUAAUGACGACGCCUUUUGUAAUUACCUACGUAUUUUGUAACUACGGUUGCGGCAUUUUGUAUUAGUUUGCGUAUUUUGGUGUAAGAACUGCAUCAUUUUGUCGUAAUUGUUUGUCGACGCAAUUUGUGACAACACCGUGACGCAAAUUUUAAUAAUAU